GCGAGGCAAGGAGGCAUGGGCCGUAAGCUGGACCUGUCGGGCCUGACGGAUGCUGAGGCGGAGCACAUCCUCAAGGUGGUGCAGCGGGACAUGAAGCUGAGGAAGAUGGAGGAGGAGAGGCUCAGUGAGAUGAAGCAGGAGCUGGUGGAGGAAGGCAGCAGAUGCUCCAUCCUCUCCAAGCAGCACCGCUUCAACGAGCACUGCUGCAUCCGCUGCUGUGCGCCCUUCACCUUCCUGCUCAACCCCAAGCGCCAGUGCCUGGACUGCCAGUACAACACCUGCAAGACCUGCUGCACCUACAGCAAGAGGGACAAAGCCUGGCUCUGCUCAGCAUGCCAGAAGGGCAGGAUUUUGAGAACUCAGUCCCUGGAAUGGUACUAUAACAACGUCAAGAGUCGCUUCAAGAGGUUUGGAAGUGCCAAGGUUUUAAAGACCUUGUACCGAAAACACAUCAUAGAGAGAGGGGCCUUGACUGAUCUGCUAGAGGGCAGUGUUCACGACGGGAGCAAUGACAACGAUGGCAGUGUCUGUGGCAGUGACUCGGCCUUCUACAAGCAGAGUGAAGGACACAGCAUGGCAGAGACGCUCACAGUUGCCCUGCGUGUUGCUGAGGAGGCUAUAGAGGAGGCCAUCGCCAAGGCAGAGGAGUUUAGUGACAGCUUGGAGAAGCAGAAUGAGGCUAGGUAUCUGCGGGACCACAGAGAGGAGCUCAUAGAGGAACUUGCCACAACCAUUGUACAAAAGAUCAUCCAGAGGAGGAAGCGGUCCGAGAUGCAGGCUGAAUAUGACUUUGUGUGGAGCCAGCCCCAGGCCCCGAGCCAGCCCAGUGAGCUGCCCUCGCCCUCGCAGCCCCAGACCUCCUCCCAGGGCUCCCAAGAACAGUUCAAGACCUCCUACUCCCUCUGGAGGUCCCGGUCAGCAUUCUCCCUAACCAGUGACGACUCCCCAGAGAAAGCCCCAGACGAGGAGGCGGCUGGGGCAGGUGGGGGCUUCCAGGAGUACGCCUCUCUGAAGAGGGAGACCAAGGCCGCUUCACUGCCCAGCUGGAAGAGUAUGGACCGCUUGGACAACUCCAGUGCAUCCUCAGUUCUGCAGAGCCCAGACGGUAACUGGAUUGCUCUGCACAGCUCCCAGCUCUCUCGGCCCAGCCUGCUGACCAAGAGGAAGAGCCUGGUGUACAGUGUGCUGGAGAAGGAAUCGGGCGUGGUCUCCGCCUACGAUGAAAUGGGCUCCGAGUCCGAUGAGAACAACGAGGGCGAAUGGGCCACGGCGCUGCGGCAGUUCCGACAAAAGCUGUCCGACGAGACCUACUACACAGACUCGCAGCACGACCCGGAGUGGACGUACACGCAGCACCUCCGGGUGACCUCGCCAUCCUCGGGCCAGUACACCAACACAGAGACCCUCAACUCGGACUCAGAGGCCUCAUCGGUGCCCUCCACGCGCCCCCGUAAGCUGCCCCAUGGCCCGCUGAAAAAGAAAGGGUCAGCAGACCCACACCUGCACCCGCAGCACCAGCCGGUCUACCACCAACACCUCCACCACAACCUCCCUCCCUACCCGCUCCAUCCAGAGUCACUGGAUGUAAACUUCAACCCUAAGGUGAUGGGAGACAGCAGUGAGGCAGAGGAGAGGCAGAAUGACCCUGUGCGGAGGUCAAGGAGACGCAGGAAGAGCAAAAGAGAGUCCUCUGUGGAGCAGACCAGGCCUGGAGGACAGGGCUACACACCAUCCAUCCACCCAUUAGUACAAGAGAACAGUGGCAUCCUGCUCAGUGCUCUACUGAAGCAGAGUUUAAGUGGGGAGCAACCAGUCCAUGAAACUGUGGGUCUCACUGUCUCAAUGCCAGUGGCCACAGCCGUACCUGAAGGCUUCUCUUCCGACGCCAUGACCCCUGAGCCAGAGGACUUGGACACAGUAGCCCCUAACUCAAUGGCUCCCAGCCCCCCUCAGCACCACUCCCUGGCUCCCAGGCUCCAGCGCUCUCCCAGCAGCUCAGGACCCGGCAAGGACAACUUCUCAUCUGAGGACAAGCACGAGCACAUGAAACAGACCACCAACAAACAGAUGGAUAUAGAAAGUGAGGAACAUAGAGAGACCUGUAGGCUGAAUGAUAGAGAGAGAGAAUGGCAGAGGGCGAGCGAGAGACGAAGAGACAGGCCGAGCAUUAUAGAGAGAGACAAUGGAAGUGAAACAGUCGAACAGGUGAAUGGGUCGGAGAUGAGGAGAAGAGAGAGCUCAUCGAUGAAGGAGGAGCAGCAGGCAGGGCAGAAGAGGUUAGAGAAAGGAGGGAGGAGUUUUGAGGAGAACGUAGACGACAGGGAGGAAAAGAGAGGGGACAAAAGAGAAGGACGGAGACAGAGUAAGAGACAACAGAGACGAGAUGUGGAGAAGGAAGCCGAGCAGAUGGAAGGGGAUAGGAGGAGCGGCUCCAACAGAGGCUCGCCUGCUGUUACUCCCUCAUCCCUGGAGGGGGUGCUGUCUGAUGGACAGCAGAAGUACUCUGCGGCCUCCCUCUGCAGCAUCACCACGGAGGUGCUGAAGGUUUUGAAUGCUACGGAGGAGCUGAUCGGCGAGGCCGGGGGGGAGAGCUACACCCCGUCUGAGUCCAUGAGCGCGUCCCCUGUCUCCAGCAGCUCCGAGACGCGCAAGCUGGACCAGAGGCUCACCAAGAUGGAGGAAAACGUGUACCUUGCUGCAGGUGCCGUGUAUGGGCUGGAGGGGGCGCUGGGAGACCUGGAGGAGUGUGCCCGCAGCAUCAGCAGUUGCACCACGGACACAGAGCUCGCCUUCCUGGAAGAUCAGGUGGCCACUGCCGCCGCUCAGGUCCAACAGUCUGAAUUACAGAUAUCCAACAUUGAGGCCAGGAUAACAGCCCUGAAAACCGCUGGCUUGAAUGUCACCGCCUGCAAUCGCUUCUCCAAGUCCAAGCCAAAACCCAAGCCUCAAACCCUGGACUCAUCACGCCAUCAGAGGAGAAAGCUACCGGCCCCUCCUCUAAAAGAAAAGGUGGAGUUGGAGCAGCAGGUGCAGGUGUUUCGGCCAUAGCAACAGCAGCACAUAAA